AUGGCCAGUAUCAACCCUGCACCUGCGGCAUCUGCACAACUCCCCAGUGAAUUCAAAACUGAAUACCAUCCUCGGUCUGGUUGUCUGACUCUCUUCCAGCCCUUCAAUGAAUUCCGUACCUCCUCAGAUGCGCAGCAUAAUGUGCCUAUUAUCAAUGAUGAACCGUGGCAUCCCUUUAGAUCGCGUGGGGACUUUGAAUUUUCCGAGAUUGCAAUCGAAGCUGCACUCAACAAGUCCCAAAUCAACCCACUCCUCAGUCUCAUCACGUGCAUCUCUGAAGUUCCGGUGACAUACAAGAAGGAUGAGCAGGUGUACGAAGUUCAUGCAUGGCCUAUUUGGGAUUGGGCGCUGGAUUUAUUGGAUAACCCAUUGCUUGUGCCACAGUUUGUCUGGGAUGCAUGUUGUGUUUACAAGCGCAAUGACACAGAGUUUGAGUGCUUCUUUGACGAACCAUGGACUGGAGAUAGGUGGUGGGACAUUCAAUCUUCUCUUCCUGACGUCGACAGCGCUGUCCUGUUUUGUUUUGUUUUGUAUGCUGACAAGACGAAGUUGUCAUCUCAUGGUACAGUCAAGGGGUACCCAGUCAUGAAUGGCGAGGCAUUUGGUGGUGGCCGUGUCAUUGGAUGGUUGCCUAUCGUUCCUGAGGAUGCAGGUGAAGAAGGUAAACUUGGAUAUACAACACUGAAAUGUGUUGUAUGGCAUGAAUCAUUCUUCAAACUCCUGGAGCUCGCUGCACAGUACUCGAAGACUGGGUAUUUGCACAAAUGUCACAAUAACAUUGUGCGAUGGCUAUUCCCUGUCAUACUAAUUCUUUCAGCUGACUAUGAAGAACAAUGCAUGAUGUCGCUUAUAUGUGGCCGCAAUGGCAAGUGCCCUUGCCCCAUGUGUCUGGUACCACUAGCGGAGCUUCACGACCUGUCAAAGACUUAUCCUCUUAGAUCUAUGGAGAAAGCGAAGGAAGCACUUCGUGUUUAUAGGCGCAGCAAAGCUCAAGGUGAGGAGCUACUGAAAAUCCUUGGAUUGAGGCCUGUUGAGAAUGUCUUUUGGAUCAUAUUGUAUUCAGAUCCACAUGAUGCGCUCAGCUUCGAUCGAUUACAUGUGUUGCAUGCCGGUCUCUGGAAGCACCUACUUGGAGAGUUGAAGAAAAUCCUCGCAUCGCUUGGACGUGAAGCUGAGGCAGCAUUUGAGAAGCUGAUCAGUAACUUCCCUCGAUGGCGCAACCUCAACCACUUCAAAUCUGUCAUCAAUGUCUCAUUCACCGACAGAAACAAGUACCAGGACCUAUCUAAGCAAGCCUUUUAUGCAGGUUUGAACAUCCUAACCUCCAGAGCCUCUCAAGAGGGCCACCAACUACUUCGUGUCAUCAGCACUUAUCUCCAGUUGGAUAGUUUGAUUGGCCUCGAUGUACAUACCGAGGGCAUGCUGGCAGCAAUUGAAGCCAAACUUCUGGUUUUUGAUACAGAACUUAAGGCCUAUGUUACAUGUGUUGAAUCAUCCGACAUUGAGAAACUAAAGCUCAAUUGGGAUUUUCCGAAGACGCACUUAUGGAAACACGUCGUUCAUGAUAUUCGACGUAAGGGAGCAGCACAUAAUUACACUGCAUGGCCCCUCAAGGACACCUACCACUAUCGAACGAAUGAAAAAGACGUUGCAGCACAGAUCCUUUGUGUCGACCAUCAUAAGUUUUCUCUGAUGCUCUUGAGGGAACAUGUCGACAUGGUUGAUGAACACAACUGGUUACAAGUGCUUGGUGAUGAUCUUCCUGAUGAAGAUGUUGAUGUCACCUUCAAUGGUCAUGUGAAGAUGGGUGCACCGAUACAACAUCCUUCAUCCAUCCUUGAUCUUGAGAACCACAGCUCGGUAGAUCGGAUAUUUCAAGCUUUUCGGAGGAAGUUUACUGAAUUCAUUAACCGCUCUCUCCCUACCUAUGGGUACCAACUAACAAAUUGGAUUACAUUUCCAGCUGAUUAUCAGAUUCAUGAACAUUGCUAUCUCAAGGUCAAUUACGAGUCGAUGGUCGACUGGAAGCAAGCCGCCAAUCACCUCCGGUGCAACCCGCAAUUCCACAGGUCACCACGGUUUGAUCAUGCCCCCAUACAGCUCACUGUGGAUGAAACAAUAUUUGUUCAUUUGAUCUUUCUGUUUAGAUGCUGUAUCUUAAACCUUGGGUCCUUCGAAUUUGCCCUCGUCCAACCGUAUACUGCAAGAAUCAACAGUGCUCACAGAACAGACCGUUUCUUCAAGCUCACUCGUGUGAAGGCCGUCCCUAGGGCAUCGUCAAUAUUCGUCCCACUCAAUUCUUUCAUUUGA